CAUUUUCAUCAAAAGUGGGAAAUUUCCCGGCCCUUUCCCGUCACCUCAGAUGGGGGCGGGAUGACUAGUCCUCUCUCCGGCCAAUUGUAUCACGCGACGUCCUGUGACAAAGUGACUGACACUUCACGGUGCAAAUGAAGUUUCCCGUGGUUGCGGUUCCCUGUGACUGAACACGAGGCUAGCUAAUCCGCUUUAAGGUUGUACCGCGAUCGUCAGAGAGAUUGGCCAAUAGACAAAGACAACGACCGGAAGUCGGCUCGUGGGUAGUUAGAAGGCGGGGGUUCGCAACCGCCUAGGCCUGCGCGGGUCAACGCAGCUUGGGGGCCGCGAGCCAGCAAGCGGCGCGUGACGAGGGGCCUGAGCGACGGGUCACCGUGACCAAUGAUCUGCAGCCGCCGGGGAGCUGCAGCCAGUGUGUUCCAGAAAGCAACUUCAGACUCAGUAGCAGCCCAUCCCAUACUUCCCUCUCUGAUUCCCCAGGUUGAAUCAUUUAUUUUGGACCAAGAAGAUUUGGAUAACCCAGUGCUUAAAACAACCUCAGAGAUAUUCUUAUCAAGUACAACAGAAGGAGCAGACUUACGUACUGUGGACCCAGAGACACAGGCACGACUUGAAGCUUUGCUAGAAGCAGCAGGAAUCGGCAAAUUGUCAACUGCUGAUGGUAAAGCUUUUGCAGAUCCGGAGGUCCUCCGAAGACUGACGUCCUCCGUUAGUUGUGCGCUGGAUGAAGCUGCUGCUGCCCUGACUAGGAUGAGAGCAGAAACCAGCCAGAAUGCAGGCCAUGUGGACACUCGAAGCCUGGCAGAAGCCUGUUCAGAUGGGGAUGUGAAUGCUGUACGUAAAUUGCUAGAUGAAGGAAGAAGUGUAAAUGAACAUACAGAAGAAGGAGAAAGCCUGUUGUGUUUGGCUUGUUCAGCAGGGUACUAUGAAUUAGCACAAGUCUUGCUUGCUAUGCAUGCUAAUGUUGAAGAUCGAGGGAAUAAAGGAGACAUAACUCCCUUGAUGGCAGCUUCCAGUGGAGGUUAUUUAGAUAUUGUGAAGUUAUUACUACUUCAUGAUGCAGAUGUCAACUCCCAGUCUGCAACAGGAAACACUGCACUAACUUAUGCCUGUGCUGGAGGAUUUGUUGAUAUUGUGAAAGUGCUACUUAAUGAAGGUGCAAAUAUAGAAGAUCAUAAUGAAAAUGGACAUACCCCUUUAAUGGAAGCAGCCAGUGCAGGUCAUGUGGAAGUUGCAAGAGUUCUUCUAGACCAUGGUGCAGGCAUCAACACUCACUCGAAUGAAUUCAAAGAAAGUGCUCUUACACUUGCAUGCUAUAAAGGCCAUUUGGAUAUGGUUCGCUUUCUUCUUGAAGCUGGUGCAGAUCAAGAACACAAAACAGAUGAGAUGCACACUGCCUUAAUGGAGGCUUGCAUGGAUGGACAUGUUGAAGUGGCACGUUUACUUUUGGAUAGUGGUGCUCAAGUAAACAUGCCUGCAGAUUCGUUUGAGUCUCCAUUGACCUUAGCUGCCUGUGGAGGACAUGUUGAAUUGGCAGCUCUGCUUAUUGAGAGGGGAGCAAAUCUGGAAGAAGUCAAUGAUGAAGGUUACACUCCUUUAAUGGAAGCUGCUCGAGAAGGACAUGAAGAGAUGGUGGCGUUACUCUUAGCACAAGGAGCAAAUAUUAAUGCCCAGACAGAAGAAACUCAAGAAACUGCUCUUACCUUGGCUUGCUGUGGAGGGUUUUCUGAAGUUGCAGACUUCCUGAUUAAGGCAGGGGCUGAUAUAGAACUUGGCUGCUCCACACCUCUCAUGGAAGCUUCUCAGGAGGGACACCUGGAGUUGGUUAAAUAUUUGCUGACUGCUGGUGCUAAUGUGCAUGCCACAACAGCAACAGGAGACACAGCCUUAACCUAUGCUUGUGAAAAUGGACACACAGAUGUUGCAGAUGUUUUACUUCAAGCAGGGGCUGAUUUAGAGCAUGAAUCUGAAGGUGGACGAACCCCUUUGAUGAAAGCUGCACGAGCUGGUCAUUUGUGUACUGUGCAGUUUCUAAUUAGCAAAGGUGCCAAUGUGAAUAGGGCUACAACCAAUAAUGAUCAUACCGUCGUGUCGUUGGCAUGUGCAGGAGGCCACCUGGCAGUGGUUGAGCUGCUGUUGGCUCAUGGGGCUGACCCUACUCAUCGACUCAAGGAUGGCUCUACAAUGCUCAUUGAAGCAGCAAAGGGUGGUCACACCAAUGUUGUUUCUUACCUGUUGGAUUAUCCAAAUAAUGUUUUGUCAGUUCCUACUCCAGAUGUGUCUCAGCUUACUUCACCUUCUCAAGAUCAAUCUCAGGUUCCACGUGUACCAAUGCAUACACUUGCCAUGGUUGUACCUCCACAGGAACCCGACAGAACUUUGCAGGAGAAUUCUCCUGCCCUUUUAGGAGUACAGAAAGGUACAUCCAAGCAGAAGUCCAGUUCCCUGCAGGUAGCAGAUCAGGACCUACUGCCACCUUUUCACCCAUACCAGCCUUUGGAAUGCAUAGUAGAGGAAACUGAAGGCAAGCUGAAUGAACUGGGACAAAGAAUUAGUGCUAUUGAAAAAGCACAGCUUAAAUCAUUGGAGUUAAUUCAAGGUGAACCUCUGAACAAAGAUAAGAUAGAAGAACUUAAAAAGAACAGAGAAGAGCAAGUCCAGAAGAAGAAGAAAAUUCUGAAAGAACUGCAGAAAGUGGAAAGGCAGUUGCAAAUGAAAACACAACAGCAAUUUACCAAAGAAUACUUGGAAACCAAAGGUCAGAAAGAUACAGUGUCUCUUCACCACCAGUGCUCUCAUAGAGGAGUCUUCCCAGAAGGGGAAGGAGAUGGUAGUCUCCCAGAGGAUCACUUUUCAGAGUUACCUCAGGUUGACACAAUCUUAUUUAAAGAUACCGAUGUUGAUGAUAUGCAGCAGUCUCCACCAUCGGCAGAACAAAUUGAUUUUGUCCCAGUCCAGCCUUUACCAUCUCCACAGUGUACCUUUUCCAGUGAUAUAGGCCCUAACGGGACCAAUUCUCUUGAACUUCAGAAAGUAUCAGGUAAUCAACAGAUUGUAGGACAGCCUCAGAUUGCUAUUACUGGACACGAUCAGGGGCUGUUAGUUCAAGAACCAGAUGGACUAAUGGUGGCAACUCCAGCCCAGACGCUAACCGACACUCUUGAUGACCUGAUAGCAGCUGUGAGUAGCAGAGUACCCACUGGUUCAAACAGUUCUUCUCAAACCACAGAUUGUAUUACACCUGAAUCCUGUUCACAGACUCCAAGCAAUGUGGCUUCCCAGUCUAUACCCCCUGUGUAUCCAUCAGUUGACAUUGAUGCACAUACGGAGAGCAAUCAUGACACAGCAUUAACAUUGGCUUGUGCGGGCGGUCAUGAAGAACUUGUAUCUGUACUUAUUGCAAGAGAUGCUAAAAUUGAGCACAGAGAUAAAAAAGGUUUCACACCACUGAUCCUGGCUGCAACAGCAGGGCAUGUUGGGGUUGUUGAAAUUCUUUUGGAUAAAGGUGGAGAUAUAGAAGCACAGUCUGAGCGAACGAAAGAUACUCCACUUUCAUUGGCAUGUUCUGGUGGACGUCAGGAGGUAGUAGACUUACUGCUGGCUCGAGGUGCAAAUAAAGAACAUAGGAAUGUGUCUGAUUAUACGCCACUGAGUCUGGCUGCAUCUGGAGGAUAUGUUAAUAUCAUAAAGAUUCUCCUUAAUGCUGGGGCCGAAAUUAAUUCAAGGACUGGGAGUAAACUAGGAAUUUCUCCCCUGAUGUUGGCUGCAAUGAAUGGACAUGUUCCUGCAGUGAAACUGCUCCUUGAUAUGGGUUCAGACAUUAAUGCCCAGAUAGAGACAAACCGGAACACAGCCCUCACCCUGGCCUGUUUCCAGGGCCGAGCCGAAGUAGUGAGUUUGCUUCUGGACCGAAAAGCCAAUGUUGAACACAGGGCAAAGACUGGUCUGACCCCAUUAAUGGAAGCUGCUUCUGGAGGAUAUGCUGAGGUUGGCCGAGUUCUCCUGGAUAAAGGAGCAGAUGUCAAUGCGCCACCGGUGCCGUCCUCCAGGGACACUGCUCUUACCAUAGCAGCAGACAAAGGCCACUACAAGUUCUGUGAGCUCCUGAUUAGUAGGGGAGCUCACAUUGAUGUUCGUAACAAGAAGGGAAAUACGCCUCUUUGGCUGGCUUCCAGUGGUGGGCAUUUUGAUGUAGUUCAGUUGUUAGUACAAGCUGGUGCUGAAGUGGAUGCAGCAGAUAACCGGAAAAUCACACCACUCAUGUCAGCAUUCCGCAAGGGUCAUGUCAAAGUUGUUCAGUAUUUGGUGAAGGAAGUCAAUCAGUUUCCUUCUGAUAUAGAAUGCAUGAGAUACAUAGCAACAAUUACAGAUAAGGAACUACUGAAAAAAUGUCACCAAUGUGUUGAGACUAUUGUGAAGGCUAAAGACCAACAGGCUGCAGAAGCAAAUAAGAAUGCAAGUAUUCUUUUAAAGGAACUUGAUCUGGAAAAGUCGAGAGAAGAGAGCAGAAAGCAGGCUCUUGCAGCUAAAAGAGAAAAAAGAAAAGAAAAGAGAAAAAAGAAAAAAGAAGAACAGAAAAGGAAACAGGAGGAAGAUGAGGAAAACAAGCCUAAGGAAAAUUCAGAACUACCAGAGGAUGAAGAUGAAGAGGAGAACGAUGAAGAUGUUGAGCAAGAAGUUCCCAUAGAGCCUCCUAGUGCAACUACCACCACCACAAUUGGAAUCUCUGCAACAUCUACAACAUUCACCAAUGCGUUUGGGAAAAAAAGGGCCAACGUGGUGACAACCCCCAGCACCAAUCGGAAAAAUAAGAAGAAUAAAACAAAGGAGACCCCUCCCACAUCACAUUUAAUAUUACCAGAACAACAUCUAUCUUUAGCACAACAAAAGGCUGAUAAAAAUAAAAUAAAUGGAGAACCUAGAGGUGGUGGUGCAAAUGGGAAUAGUGAUUCAGAUAAUUUGGACAGCACAGACUGCAACAGUGAGAGUAGCAGUGGUGGUAAAAGCCAAGAGUUAAAUUUCACUAUGGAUAUGAACUCUUCUAAUGAUAGGAGAUACCCCUCACUGCUUGUCCAUUCCCAAGAAGAAAAGACGAGUUCCACAACUUCCAAAACUCAGACACGAAAGACAGAUUUACAGAGAAAACAAGAGACAGAGGUCUUCCAUCCGCUGGUUCACUCCCAAAAUGGCUGCGACAGAGCUGAACUGAUCCGAAGCCAAGAGCCAGGAGCUUCUUCUGGGUCUCUCACACUUGAAGGUGAAGUAAAUCCUAAUUCCUCAGCCACAAGCUACAAGUCAGUGUCACUGCCAUUAAGUUCUCCAAACCUAAAGCUGAAUCUCACUAGCCCUAAAAGGGGUCAAAAAAGAGAGGAAGGGUGGAAAGAAGUUGUAAGAAGGUCAAAGAAGUUAUCUGUUCCAGCCUCUGUAGUAUCCAGGAUAAUGGGAAGAGGAGGAUGCAACAUUACUGCAAUACAAGAUGUUACCGGAGCCCACAUUGAUGUGGAUAAACAAAAAGAUAAGAAUGGCGAGAGGAUGAUCACAAUAAGAGGUGGUACAGAAUCAACAAGAUAUGCAGUUCAACUUAUCAAUGCACUUAUUCAGGAUCCUGCUAAGGAAUUAGAAGACUUAAUUCCUAAAAAUCAUAUCAGAACACCUACCAGUACCAAAUCCAUUCAUGCAAACUUCUCAUCUGGAGUAGGCACCACAGCAGCUUCUAGUAAAAAUGCAUUUCCCUUGGGUGCUCCAGCUCUUGUAACUUCACAAGCCACAACAUUAUCUACGUUCCAGCCCACUAAUAAACUUAAUAAGAAUGUGGCAACAAAUGUACGGUCUUCUUUCCCAGUUUCUCUACCCUUAGCUUAUCCCCACCCUCAUUUUGCUUUGCUAGCUGCUCAAACUAUGCAACAGAUUCGACAUCCACGCUUACCCAUGGCCCAGUUUGGAGGAACCUUCUCACCUUCUGCAAACACUUGGGGACCAUUCCCAGUGAGACCUGUCAAUCCUGGCAACACAAACAGCUCUCCAAAGCAUACUCCUACAAGCAACCGUCUGCCUAACCAGAAUGGGACUGUUUUGCCAACAGAGUCUCCUGUACUAACUACUGCUGCUUGUCCCAUCACUGUCUCUUCUGUGGUUGCUGCCAGUCAGCAACUGUGUGUGACUAAUUCCCGGACUCCUUCAUCAGUCAGAAAGCAGUUGUUUGCCUGUGUGCCUAAGACAAGUCCCCCGGCAACAGCAGUUUCUUCUGUGACAAGCACUUGUAGUUCCCUGGCUUCUGUCUCCUCUGCACCUGUCACAAGUGGGCAAGUUACAACCACAUUUUUGCCCACAAGUACUCAAGCACAGCUUUCUUCACAAAAAGUGGAGUCUUUCUCUACUGUGCCAUCCCCCAAAGAGAAAGCGCCUACACAGGACCAGCCUACAGCAAAUCUGUGUAGCCCAUCUUCAACUGCAAAUAGUUGCAGUAGCUCUGCCAGCAACACCACAGGAGCUCCAGAAACUCAUCCACCCAGUAGUCCCACUUCUCCCUCCAGCACCACCCAGGAGGAGGCACAGCCGUCCAACGCAUCUGAUUUAAGCCCUGUAUCAGUACCUUUUGCAUCCAACUCAGAAUCUGCUCCACAGACUUUGACAUCACCCAGAAUGGUUUCUGCUGAUAAUCAGGACACCAAUAAUUUACCUCAGUUACCUAUCCCAGCUCCUCGAGUUUCUCAUCGAAUGCAACCAAGAGGUUCUUUUUACUCAGUGGUACCAAAUGCAGCCAUCCACCAGGAUUCCCCAUCUAUUUUUGUUACAAAUCCAGUACCUUUAACACCACCUCAAGGCCCACCGGCUGCCGUGCAGCUGUCUUCAGCCGUGAACAUUAUGAAUGGUUCUCAGAUGCACAUCAACCCAGCGAACAAGUCUUUACCUCCUACGUUUGGCCCAGCCACACUUUUUAAUCACUUCAGUAGUCUUUUUGAUAACAGUCAGGUGCCAGCCAACCAGGGUUGGGGAGACGGUCCACUGUCGUCACGGGUUGCUGCAGAUGCAUCAUUCACUGUUCACUCAGCAUUCCUGAGUAACUCUGUACUUGGACACUUAGAAAACGUGCAUCCUGACAACUCCAAGGCACCUGGCUUCAGACCACCUUCCCAGCGAGUUUCUACUAGUCCUGUUGGGUUACCAUCUAUUGACCCAUCAGGCAGCUCCCCAUCUUCCUCUUCUGCUCCUCUGACAAGUUUCUCCGGUAUACCAGGAACAAGGGUUUUCCUACAAGCGCCACCUCCUGUUGGGACUCCUAGUUUCAACAGACAACAUUUUUCUCCCCAUCCUUGGACAAGCGCCUCAAACUCAUGUGACUCUCCUAUUCCAUCUGUUUCUUCGGGAUCAUCUUCACCUCUUUCAGCCACUUCUGCUCCACCACCUUUGGGCCAAGCAAAAGCAGGCAGUGCAAGUCAGGAUCGGAAGAUACCGCCUCCCAUUGGAACUGAGCGACUGGCACGGAUUCGGCAAGGAGGUGCUGUGACACAGGCUCCUGUGGGGACCAGUUUUGUAGCUCCUGUUGGACACAGUGGAAUCUGGUCAUUUGGUGUUAAUGCCAUGUCAGAAGGCUUAUCAGGUUGGUCGCAGUCUAUGAUAGGAAACCAUCCAAUGCAUCAACAGCUAUCAGACCCAAGCACAUUCUCUCAGCAUCAGCCAUUGGAGAGAGAUGAAUCUGGAAUGGUAGCCCCCUCUAACAUUUUUCAUCAACCCAUGCCAGGUGGUUUUGUGGAUUUUUCCAAAGGUUUGCCAAUUUCCAUGUAUGGAGGCGCUAUAAUACCUUCUCAUCAGCUUGCUGAUGUUCCAGGAGGCCCACUGUUUAACGGACUUCACAACCCAGAUCCUGCUUGGAAUCCUAUGAUAAAAGUUAUCCAAAAUUCAGCUGAUUGCACUGAUGCCCAACAGGCCAGUCUGCUUCCUUCAGUCCCUGCUCUCAAAGGGGAAAUUUCAUCACCUCAGCUAACGAGACCGAAGAAGAGAGUUGGACAGCCAGUGGUGACCUCUCCUAACCAGAGGCACCAGGAUCAUCUACGACCGAAAGUUCCUGCUGGAGUGCAAGAACUCACCCAUUGCCCGGACACCCCCUUGCUGCCUCCCUCAGAUUCCCGGGGUCACAACUCCUCCAACAGCCCCACCCUCCAAACUAGAGGAGCUGAAGGAGCAGAAGGAGACAGAGGAAGAGAUACCCGAUGACGCACAAUUUGAAAUGGACAUCUAAUCCAGUGCAGAUGAACCCUGGUGUGGAAUUAUAGAGGGAGCCCUCAAGCCGCUGCUGCCAUCACCUCUUUCUGGGGUAUCCAAAGGCCAGCUGGUCUCAUCUGAUGUGGAAGGAACUGACUUAUUGAUUCCGGGCCUCCUUUAGUUCUGAGGCAGCUAGACCAGGGAUAAGAGUGGGCUAUUUGCCAAGCCCUAGCUCUAUUUUAUCCUUGGUCUGUAGGUACUCCUCCUAACCCAUCCCUCUAUGCUUAGGGGCUGGGACUGAGGGUGGAGUAUGUCACCUUUUGUCUGCUUAGUAAACAUUCAGAGAAAUGC